CAUUGGUUCAGCGUAUUAUGGUAUAUUGUUUAUAACAACAAAAUUUGACUUUGUGCAAUGAAGUGGUUUGGUUAAUGAUAUUUUUAAUACCUAAUUUUAAAAACACUUAUCUUUACUACUUAAACAAAUGUCGCGAUUUGUACUUAAUAAUAUCAAUUACAUUCAACCUCUAGUUCAGAGACGUUGUAGAAUUUGUCGUUCAGUAUUUUGUUGUGAAAAGUGCCGUAUUCGCCACGAACAAAAUUAUCAUCCCAAAAAGAAGUCAAUACUUGAAGAAAUGGAUUUGUGCGAUAUUUGCUCUGAAAAAACAAUGAUUUUAAUUCCAGAAAAAGGAACAGACCGAUUAAUCGAUCAUAUUACAAAGGUGCAUUUACCGGUAUAUUGCCGAAAAUGUUUGCAGGUGUUUCUAUGCCGAGAUGAUUUAACUCGCGUGUCGGACCGUUGCAUUGGCCACGAUCUAAACAAACACAAAGCUUUGGAUUACAUAGCCAAACCCGCUGUCUCCUCUAACUUACAAGUUAAAGAUCAAUGUAUCAAUGAGAAAAAACUUUCUGAAAAUAAAGACACUAAUUGUGAAAAUGAAAGGCGAACUGAAAUUGAUUUGGCCAGUGAUGCCUUGGAAGCCAGUGCUUCAACUUGUGGUCAGUCAAUGUGCAUUACAACCAGUACGCCCAUGGCAGGAGGUUUCAACACGAUACAGAGCCCGAUAGAAUCGCCUCAGGUCUCCGAUAUCGCAAGUCCGAGUAGCGACAUGGAACUUACACAAGGUGCUACAAGUAAUAUUCAUAUCCAAAAUGAAGUUGAAAAGAAGCCUGGUAUUCUGGUAAAAGGGAAAAAAUCACAAAACCGUAAAAAACAUACAUCACAUGUCAAAUUUGCUCCAACUCCUAUUAAAAAUAAUAGCAUUUGUAUUAGACGAAUAAAUAAAAAGUGCACGCCAAGGCGUAAAUUUGAAACCAAUCCUCGGUUCCUAGAAAUUUUAAAAAGCUUCGAAACUAAUAGAUUAGGUCCGAAGCCUCCGUCAAAUACUAUAAAACCUUCAGUAUCUUUGGUAUCUGUAUCAACAACAAACAAAGUGAAUUUUGACCAGAAUCAGUUUGGUAAUAACACCCCCGGAACAAAUGACUCGAAACAUCUUCAUAAGGAAGAUGAAAACGACAAUAUUGAGAAGAUCGUGCAUAAAGAAACGCCUGAAUUAAAUGUGAACUAUUGUACUAAUUGCAACAAGCAUACUCCUGCGACUGCAGAAAAAGUACCAAGCACGGCGUCCUCCUCUGCUGCGGAGACCAAUGACUUCACUCCGCAUGGAAUUGGGCUGGUCGGUGGAAAUCUUGUUCGCACCGCUUUGACCAAAAAAUUUGCCGAUUUCAAGGAAUCUCCUGAACUUUUAGACGCUAGUGUGAAUUUGAAAAGUCACGACAAAACAGAAUGGUUCACGCCAACUAUAAACUUACCGCCUCCGGCUGUGGACGAAGACCAACCAGAAGAUUCACCACUUGAUUUGCAAGAUAAUAUAUUUUCCUGUGAAAAUACAGAAGAAAAUACAUCUGGUGGAAUCUGGAACUCGGUUAAGGGCGUUGUUAAGAAUGCAUUUAUUAAUUUACAAAGCUUGGUUUCUGGAAAUAAGGAAGAUUUCCAAAAUUUCAAGCGUUCUCGAUCUGUGACCUUUGAAUCGUCAGGAGUGUCCCCACGACCAAUUUUGAAACGAAGUAGAAGUGAAAAUAAUUCUUCGCCACGAUUUUUAUAUAAUCGCCGGAUCCAACCGUCGAUGAAACUGAAAGGAAGAAAGCCGCUCCGGAAAAGACUAUAAAUUUUAUACUUAUGUUAGAUAGAAAAAUUCAUUAUCAAUAUUUAUUAAUUUGCAAUUUUAAAUUUAUAAUUUUUAUUUUAUUUGAAUUUUACCACGUAAAUCAUUCAUGUG